GCGAAUCACGAGGACGGGGAUCUCCGUGGGGAUUUUUGACGGGGGGCAGAUUUUGCCCCUCGUCUCCAUUUCCCACGGGGAACGGGGAUCCCCGUGGGGAUCCCCAUUCCUCACCAAUUAACAUCAAAUAGCUCCAGCAACAGUAGCAAAGCAGAUGGCUUAGGCUGUUCGGCGGCAGCAGCAGCAGUAGCAGGCUCCGUUGGCGACAGCAGCAGGCUCUGGUGGCGGCAGCAGCAGCAGGCUCCGGUGGUGGUAGCAGCAGCAGAUGGCUUCUGCAACAGUAGUAGACCAGAUCGCUUUGGCUGUUCAGCGGCAGCAGCAGCAGAUGGUUCGAUGGUGGCAGCCGACAGUAGCAGCAGAGCAGAUGGCUUUGGCUGAACAGCAGCAGCAGCAGCAGAUGGGUCCGGUGGUGGCAGUAGCAUAUGGUCCAGCAAUAGCAGCAGAUGGCUUCGGUGGCAACAGCAGCAACAGCAGGGAAACUGAAGGUGAGAUGGACGUGAGAGAUGUGUGAAGCUGCAGUUAAAGAGAUUGAGUGAUGGGAAUUAAAAUAAAUUAGGGUUAGGGUUAAAUGUAGAGGAAUAGGUUGGGUUGGGAGUUGGGUUGGGUUGGAUAGUAUUGGGUUAAAUUUAAUUGUAAUUGUAUUAGAUUUGAGUUUGAGUUUAGAUUUGAAUUUGGGUUUGGGUUUGAGUUUAAAUAAUAAAUUAAUUUUAAAAUA